UGGCCCUGAACAAUUCAUGAAUUAAAGCUUUAAGGUGUGAAUUUGAGGAACGUUUGAACAGAAGGUCCUUGUAUCUGCUUUAAGGUUGAUAUGAGAACACUGGUGGAGAAAGGAGAGGCUCUUUUCCUUCCUCUCGGCUAUGUUCAGAGGAGUUUGACUUGAUGGUGAUGAGUGAGGCUUCGCCUAAUUACAGGAAAUAUGAAAGAAUACAGCACUUGAACACACGCACACACAUUCACGUCGACGAGCAGUUUGGAAGGCGUUUUGUUAGGAACUUGCUCCACGCCAUGGCGAAGCAAUACGACGUCCUGUUCAGGCUUCUGCUUUUAGGAGACUCGGGUGUGGGGAAAACAUGUUUACUGUGUCGCCUUACGGACAAUGAGUUUCUCUCGCCGCAUAUUUCCACUAUUGGAGUGGAUUUCAAAAUGAAAACAAUAGAAGUCAAUGGUCUUAAAGUGAGAAUACAGAUAUGGGACACAGCUGGACAGGAGAGAUACCAAACUAUUACAAAGCAGUAUUACAGACGAGCACAGGGUAUUUUCCUUGUAUAUGACAUUACUAGCUACGUCUCCUUCCAACAUAUAAUGAAGUGGAUUAGUGAUGUUGAUGAGUACGCACCACGUAUAGUGCAAAAGUUUCUUGUUGGGAACAAACGUGAUGAGGAGCUUCAAAGGCAAGUGACCACAGAGCAGGGGAACAAGCUUGCUCAAUCUUAUGGUAUGGAUUUCCUGGAGACGAGCGCGUUUACCAACUACAACAUCAGUGAGGCGUUCACUCGGAUGACUGAGCUGGUCUUGGAGGCCAGCAGGAAGGAGCCGGAUAGUGACCUGCCAUCCAGCAACGAUGAGCUCAACGAUACUGAACCAGACCAGGAGCAGCAAUAUUCAACCUGCUCAUGUUAGGGGAGUGUUAAAAACAUAAUUCUCAGCAUUUUAUAUUAGUAUAGUACAUCCAUUUAUGCAACACACAAUAAUAUGUCUAAUUAAUACAUCUUUUAUAAGAUAUGCUUUGUUUCAGUGCUUGAGAUUGGAUUCGAUGUUAGAAUGAAAGAGCUAGGAAAAUGCACUUUUGGUUCUGUGUCCCUAGGGGGCAUUGUCUACAAGUCAUUUAUUUGUUUGUCAGAACAAACAAUUUUUUGUCAAAUAGCUGUUCAGCUUGUGACAUAAACAUGUGCAAAGCUCUGAGGUAAACCAAGGACUUGAUUGCUAUUCCACUACAUUGAAAAUAGUCUUGGCAGGAGAACAGGCUCAAACCCACUCAUACUAACCAGAGAAUUGAUACUGAUUGUGUGCUGUGUUGCUUAUUUCUUAAACAGAGCAAGAAAAAGAUAUCAAUGGUUUUGGUCUUAAAAUGAUUUAAUAUCUAAUGUAAGAACUUGAUUCCAAUAUUAUUGUUUAUUGCAAAAAUAAAAUAUAUAAAAACAUA